CUGCAGUAGGAAGGAGCUGCUCUUGAUCCUGAAACAGUUCACUACUACUAGGCUGCUGUCAUGGCCUUUCUCUGCAGAACUGCCGCUUCGCUCCUGAAGCCGUCCAGAACCGCCCCGGCCCUGCUGUCCGCCGCCCGCCUCUACAGCUCAGGUGGUCAGUAUGAGUACAUUCUGGUGGAAAAGCGAGGUGAGAACAAGAACGUGGGUUUCAUUCAGCUGAACCGGCCCAAGGCCCUGAACGCUCUGUGUGACGGGCUGAUGAGGGAGGUGGGUCAGGCGCUGGAUGCCUUCGAAGUGGACGGAGACAUCGGAGCCAUUGUCAUUACGGGCAGUGACAGAGCCUUUGCUGCUGGAGCGGACAUUAAAGAGAUGCAAAACCGGACCUUCCAAGAGUGUUAUGGGGGAAACUUCCUGGCUCACUGGAACAGAGUUUCCACAGUCAGAAAGCCUGUAAUCGCAGCUGUAAAUGGAUUUGCUCUGGGUGGAGGCUGUGAGCUGGCCAUGAUGUGUGAUAUCAUCUAUGCUGGAGAGAAGGCGCAGUUCGGCCAACCAGAAAUCCUGUUGGGAACCAUUCCUGGGUCUGGUGGCACCCAGCGGCUGACGCGUGCUGUGGGAAAAUCCCUGGCGAUGGAAAUGGUACUAACAGGGGACAGGAUUAACGCUCAGGAAGCCAAGCAAUCAGGUUUGGUGAGUAAAAUUUAUCCUGUGGAGCAGUUGGUGCCUGAAGCUGUAAAAUGUGGAGAGAAAAUCGCUUCCAACUCCAAACUGAUCUCUGCCAUGGCUAAAGAGGCUGUCAACGCCGCUUUUGAACUGACUUUGGCGGAGGGUAAUCGUUUGGAAAAGCGUUUUUUCCACGCCACCUUUGCAACGGAUGAUCGUAAAGAAGGCAUGACUGCCUUUGUGGAGAAGAGAAAGGCCAGUUUCCAGGACAAGUAGAAAAGAGCAGAUCAAGUGCUCGGCCAAGAACACAAAGUUGAUAUCAGCAGAUAUUGCUUCUCAUCUGCAAUACGUCGAAUGAUGCAAAAAUCAGGAUGGUAGUGGAGCAUACAAGCUGUUGAGAUGAAAUUUUUGCACUGAGUGUGUGCGCAAGAGUGUCUUUUAACAGUGAAGCCCUGCCUGCUGAGGCUCAGUAUCACAAUCAAAUGCAGCCUGGCUGCAGGAGGUUUGUAUGUGAAUAUGAUUUGAUAAUUGUAAUAUAACAAAUGUGUCAUCAGACUUGAUGCCAUGUACUAACUUUGCCUUUUCAUCUGUGAUAUGUCUGUCCGCAUUUUGUAGACAAUGUAUUCUGUGUACCUUGUUCAAAUAAAGCUCUAGAGUGGUUUUAAACACUAAGGCGUGAACAGAAAUGGGAAAA